GCGCGGUACGCGUUUUCAACAGUCGCGCGACGGCCACGCCGAGCGUAUAUAACACCGGAGCCGCCGAUCCUGUGCGCCCGUGGUCCGCUUCGUCUUGUCCUCUCGUCACGUAAUCCGCCGCCGCCACCACGACGACCGCGUGUGCCCAGUCCGAUCGCAGCAGCGAACGCCGUCGACCAAACACACGCGUGCACGAGCAACACUCGCCGGUCGUCCGGCGCGUUUGCGAGUUAUAAUCGUGCUCGCCGUAUCCCGUUCACACCAUCAUCAUCAUCAUCAUCAUCAUCAUCAUCAUCAUCAUCAUCAUCAUCGUUCCGUACGCCGGUAGCAGUAGCAAAAUGCGCCCGACACUCGCGUUGAUGGUCGUCGCCACGUUCGUCACCGUCCAAGUCGUUCAAAUCACCGACGCGUACACCACCAUGUGGGAUCAUUUGUUCGACUACCAAAAGGAAUUGUUGCCCAGGGAACAGCCGACUGGAUUUUGCACGGCGUGCGAAAAACCGUGCGGAGCCCAACCGGUGGAACGGAGAUCGUCUUUCGCAAAGAUCGUCAACGGCAAAGAUGCGCGAGAAAACGAAUUCGGCUGGGCGAUCACCUUGGCCCGACGGGGUCAGUUUUUUUGCGGCGGUACGCUGAUCACCAAGAAGCACGUGCUCACCGCCGCUCAUUGCGUCAACAAAUUUCCAGCCAAAGAACUAACCGUGACCAUCGGGGAACACGACCGGAAGGCGGAUACCGGUCGCAAGUCCGUGCAUCAAGUCGCCAAAGUUCACUGGCACCCCGGUUUCCAGCUCAACACGUUCGACAACGACAUCGCGGUCCUGGAACUCAAAGAUCCAGCACCCAUUGAGAGCCCGUGGGUGCGCUUAGCUUGCUUGCCCAAUUCCGAAGACGUGUCCUACGAAGGCAUCAAAGGCACCGUAGUUGGUUGGGGUAGACUAGGCGAGAGUAAGAAGUCUUCCAACGUACUGCAAAAAGUUGACGUGCCGAUUAUAUCCAACGAGGACUGCAAGGAAAUGGGAUACUCUCCCGAGAAGAUCACUAGCAACAUGAUAUGCGCUGGAUACAAAGAAGGCCAACAGGACGCUUGCCAGGGUGACAGUGGCGGGCCGAUGCACAGACAUAUAUAUUCAUCUAACGUCAUGGAAGUGAUCGGAAUCGUGUCUUGGGGUAAAGGAUGCGCCAGAGAAAAUUAUCCUGGAGUAUACACCAGAGUGGCCAAUUAUUUGAACUGGAUCAUGGAUCACACAGGAAAUGAAUGCAUCUGUGGAGUCGAAAGUUCCUGAAUAAUUUUGUUACCUCAUAUCAUCACAUCACCCACAUAUUUCUUUUUAAAUUAAUCACACUUAAAAUAAUUACUACUACAAUUAUUUUAUUAUUUUUAUUAUUAUUAUUAUUAUCAUUAUCUUUGUGUACAUAAGUAAGUAUGAUCAUGUAUAUAUUAUCUAUCGUACCGUAUAUAUAUAUAUUUAUAGUAUUAUUAGUUUACAAUCGAAUUGACCACCGAAUAUAAUUAUAAUAGUAUAAUUGUUAUACACUAUAAAUUACAUAAAGUCUAGUCAACCUACGCAGCUAAUAGGCAUUCAAUUAAUAUUUUAAUUUAUCAUAUUGAUAUUAUAACUAUUACUAUA